UACUACGCGAGGAGAGCUAAAGGACACAUCACCCUCUGGAUUGCUGGUCGCGCGUCGGAACUCCCUUCGCCUGUUGGCGAUCGCCAGGGACGACGUUUGCCAUCCUGUCAAUCUUCUCGAGGGAAACGUUGGUUUUUUGUUUUUUAAAUAGCUGCAUCUUUUCCCCUCAUUUUUCCCCCCUUAAAUGCCAGGAGGAGUGGCUGCCGGUCGGGAUCUUUUUUUCUCCGUUGGUUUGGGGUUAAUUUAAAGUUUGGCGGGGUGUUUCUUUCCCUCCCAGCUAACAGACUCACCCGCAUUCCGGGAGUUGAGGAAACAGAGAAAGUUCAGGUUUUCACUCGUUUGGUACAUGCUGGUGGGACACACAUAAAGAGAUCAUCCAGGAAUGGUGGAUCACUUGCUUCCUGCGGAUGAAUCUUUCUCAUCCAUCAAGCCUUCACUUGGAUACUUUGGGGACAUGACAGCUGUUGGGAGGUCAUACCAAAUGCUGCCUUCCCCAGUGUCUGAAGAUGACAGUGAUUCCUCAAGUUUUUGUUCUUGUUCGAGCCCAGAUUCACAAGUUCUAGGCUCCAGCUAUGGGAGUUCAUCAAGUGCUGAGAAUCAGGACAGUAUCUUGGACUACUUGUUGUCCCAGGCAUCUCUGGGGAAUGGCCAUGUGUCUUGGUGGGAUAAAAGGAGACUUCAGCCCAUUGUGAAGGAGGAGAAUUUUAGAAUGCCAGAGUUUACAGUGGAGAUGGAAGAUUCUGGACCAUUCCAGCCAACCCUUGAGGAGAUAGAGGAGUUUUUGGAAGAAAACAUGGAGAUUGAUCUCAAAGAAGGACCUAAGAGUGAGACCAAAGACAUGAGAGCUUGCAGCCAAAUUACUGUAGCUUCCAUACAGCAAAAAGACCAGAUGGUACCAAGUGUUACUUUAAAAGACAGUAAAAAUGAACAAUCAAAUGGUGCAAUGGAAGGCAGCCAUACAUCCAACGGAACAGUGUCCAUUGAUGGAGGGAUACCAGUCAUGCUCCAGAUCCAGCCAGUUCAAGUUAAGCAACCAUCAGAUGUGAGCCCUAGUUCACAAGGACAAGUGCAAGAAAACAUAAAAAUUGCACAGCUCUUGGUCAACAUCCAAGGGCAAACUUUUGCACUGGUGCCGCAACUUGUUCAAUCAUCCAACUUGAACUCAUCUUCCAAAUUUGUCCGCAUUGCUCCAGUUCCAAUAGCUGCAAAACCCAUUGGUCCAGGAGGUACAAUGCAGGGUCAAACUGGAGUCAUCAUGGGUCAAAAGUUUCAAAAGAAUCCUGCAGCAGAACUCAUUAAAAUGCACAAAUGUACUUUUCCUGGAUGUACCAAGAUGUACACCAAAAGCAGCCAUUUGAAAGCCCAUCUAAGAAGGCACACAGGGGAAAAACCCUUUGCAUGUACUUGGCCUGGCUGUGGAUGGAGGUUCUCACGAUCAGAUGAACUUUCUCGACAUCGACGGUCCCACUCUGGAGUGAAACCAUAUCAGUGCCCUGUGUGUGAGAAGAAGUUUGCACGGAGUGACCACCUGUCCAAGCAUGUCAAAGUCCAUCGAUUUCCACGAAGCAGCCGCUCAGUGCGCUCAGUCAAUUGAUGUGUCCGGUCCAGUCCUUUCCACCAUGCCUCUAAGAACUGCCAUAAGCAGCAAUUGUUCCUUUCUUGUGAUAAUUUAUUUCUCUCCAUGUAACCGCUGCCAUUAAGACAUCACGUCCCUUUCCCCUCCCCCCAUCAUUCACCAGCUUUGCUAUUUUUUUCUAAUUCUUUUUGUUGCUGUCGCUGCCACUUCUUUUUGAAAAUUACAGAAUUACAGCAUUUCAUUUUCAAUCAUUUGAGCUCCAACAUCAUGAUAAUAUAUGGACAACUUGCUGCUAGUUAAUUACAGUUCUGGCAUUCCUGAGCACUUUUGCUCAUGUAUAGGGCUAUUCAUCAUGAGGUUGUUUUUUUUUUAAUGCAUUAUUAAUAUUAUUAAGUUGGCCUAUUUAUCCGCUUUGGAAAGAACAAUUUCCUUUUGAAAUGGAAAAGAAAUCCACUUCAUUUUCAUGAGUUCAUUUUUGUUGAUACAAUGAUUUGAUGUUGGGUUCCCUAGCUAGAUCUUCAUAGGUGCUCUCAAAGGAGCCUGAACAGAAGAAACAUGUUAGCAAUACAUGUGCAUGUGUGACUGAGUAUGUCUGUAUAUAGAAAGAAGAUUGCCAAUAGGUGGAUCUUUGAUUAGACUAAGCAAUAAACUAUGGAACUAGUCUGGAUAAACCCUAUAUUUUUCCAGAUUGUGUGCACAACAUAUCUGAGCCUAUUAGUUUGCUGCCAUUUGCAGACUUACCGGCUUUCCCUCUUGAGAAGAUGCUUCACUCUCCCUUGUUCUUAAUCCCAUGUAAAGAUUAGUAUGUUUGAAAAUGCCUGUUAUAUCUCACAUGGCUGAAGGAGAUAAAUAAAUUAGGAUAAGACAUUCAUGCCUUUUCACCUAAUCUCCAAAAUAUGACCUUUUGUCAUUCAGCCCAGAGAUAAUAGCUUUGCAUGAGUUGUCCCACAAUUUAGGCACAAGUCUUCUUUAGGUUGUAUAAAACUGUGGUAAAUUUCAAAGAAGUAUCCUGUUGCCCAGUUCUCCAUUUCAUACUAUUCAGAUUCAUAAUCUCUGGAUUGGACACACAGAAGGGGCUAAAACUGUUUUUCUUCAACUUGGACAUGUGGACAAGUGGAUUUGUCUUGCAGAAGUCCCCAAACAUCACAAUCAAGUUGGAGAAAUCCAAGCUGAGGCAAUUCUCUCACAUUUCAUAAUUAGAAUCUGAUAAUAUUUUUCCCAAGAUCUUAAACAGUUAAGCUUGCAUAAUUAAAGACUUAUACCAAAGAUGAAUAGAAUUGUCAACCACACCAGUUAUUAAGAAGGCCAAAUAUUCAUCUAUUCAAUGUAUUAAAUCAUUUAUCUAGGAAUUUUCUUUUGGUUCUUUAUUAGUAGAGCACAUCAAUCCUGCACUAUACGUCAUAGUGCCAAAAUCCAGCCAUGGACAAUCUGUUCCUACCGUAUAAGAAACUAAGGUAGGCUGUGGAUUUGAUAGGUGUGUGUUUGCAUGUGUGCGUGUGUAUUUGGCUGACCAGUUCUAUGGAGGAAAUGAAUGGAGUUUUUCUAUGAAGUUCAAACUAUAAUACUGCUAAGGUGCUACUAUCAGAAGUAGGGAAUGUGAUGGCUAUUGUUCCAGACUCUACUCAACUUGAUAAUUGUUUUUUUUUAAUAUACAACCCCCACCAUGGGAAGCCAUAUGCAUGAAUGCCUCAUAAUCUGAUAUGAACUUGAAGGUGCUCUUAGAAAAAAAUUGAUAAGCUGAAGAGGUGUAGAAUAUUCAGGAGGCUUGUGGUAGUAGUAGAGGAAAGCCAUUUCCCCAGUUUUGAAUAUUGUUAAAUGGGUGUUUGGUGAUUGGCCAUUUCCUCUCUUGGCAGGCACUGUAUGAACAGGCAAACCUUCCUGCACGAUGACCAUUUUCUAAACUGAUAUGGCUCAAAAUUACAAAGGUGCUCCUGGUCCUGGAAGGGUGGCCACCUCUGUUGCUUUAUUGAAUAGCAGAAAAGGAUCAUGGCCCUCUUUUCCAGGAAUGAUGCUUGUCAUUAGUCUUUAAUAGAUCCUUCAGCGGGCUAGUGUGUCCCACCCCGUUCUCUCCCCCCUUCCCCUGAUUGUGCUGUGGGAGAAUGGGAUAGCUGCAUGAAAUCCUGUGUCAAUUUCUUGCUGUGCCAUUAACUUUGGGUAUGCGGAGCCUUAAUCAACUACCAUUCCUGCAAAAAAAAACAUCUAUGUGACCUCUUCUGGAACGUUACCGUUAGUUUCUAACUGUGCCAAUCCUUUUGCCUCAGCUUCUAUCGCAUCUUCCCAGACUAAGGGUGAAAAAAACCAGCUGAGCCAAUUUGCCCUUGUUUACAGUACUGAACCUAAUCCAUAUUCCUAGUGGCUGAAGAGGAAGGACUUCAGACUUCAUGAAUGUUUUAUGAAAGCACUUUGAGAGAUUUCAGCAGUAAGCGGUACUAGAAUGCUCAGUGCCCAUAUGGGCCACUAUUCAGAGAGCAAUGCAACUGGAGCAUUGGGUGUUCCAGCCAACUAGCAUGGUAGCUGUCUUAAGGGCCUUUAAUUUUUUUUAAAGGGAAUAUACACAACACAGAGAUAAUCUGAUGCAGCAGAAAAAAAUACCGUGUUAGGCAACAUUUCCUUCCACCAUUUUUUCUUCUUUUUGUACUCUACUGAUUUUUAGGAUGUUUCUAGAGAAUGAGAAUGUAGUAAGUAGGGU